CUUGCUGAGAGGCAAGGAGCCGCCAUCAUGGCGACGAGGUGGCGACCGUCCGUGACCGACUGACUGCCUCCCCUCCUCUUCCUCCUCCCCCCGCCCCGGCCGCAGUCGGAUCAGACCGAUAGCUAUGGAUGGGCGCUAGUACCAGGCAAAACCCCGUCAACAUGACAACAGCUUCAGCAGCUUCCACAUCCAAACCAUAUACAUCUGAUAAUCCAUGCAGUAUUUCAGCAGAAAAGGUUGGCCAGAUACGGCCAAAGGUGCCUUUGCUGAAUAUUCUACAUGAGGCAGGUGCAUCGGGGGAAACCUUCACAUUGAAGGAGGUAAUGUAUUAUCUUGGUCAGUAUAUAAUGCUAAAGCAACUGUAUGACCAACAGCAGCAACACAUUGUACAUUGUGGAAAUGAUGCACUUGGAAAAGUAUUUGGAGUCCAGAGUUUCUCUGUUAAAGAUCCAAGCCAAUUGUAUGAAAUGCUUUCAAGGAACCUGAUAGCUGCCAGCUUUCAAGAUGCUGCACAGACUCGCACACUUGUAAAGGAUACGAAAUGCCUGCCUAUGAGGGAAGAUCAUCCGAAGUGCCCUGCAUCAGGGGAACGUGAAGAAGAAACAGCUGCCUGGAACGCACCAAUUUCAGCUACCUCACACUUAAAAAGGAAAAACUCCGAAUCAGAUGAGUCUCUAACAGAUGAUCACACUGAAUAUCAAGCCAAAAUAUUCAAAGCAGAUAACGUUACUGAUCUCUGGGAUGCUGCUGGACUGCCAUGGUGGUUUAUAAAAACCUUGCGUACUAAUUAUGGAAGCAGGAAGAGUGGGUCAACUGAUAUUCAUAGCAACCAGGAUAUAGACACUGCCAUUGUUUCUGACUCGACUGAUGAUCUGUGGUUUCUGAAUGAACCUGCUCCUGACCAAAUAAAUGUGGAGAUCAAAUUGGACACUGUUGAGUUGAAAGAGAAAGAUGAUUGUGAGGGCCAGGUGGAGGAAGGAAAAAACACCGAUCAGAAAGAGGGCUCUUGGAAAUGUUCCAAAUGUGGAGGUCUAAUCCCUCUCAAAAGCAGAUACUGCCUUCAGUGCUGGGCGCUUCGUAAAGGCUGGCACCUUAAUUGUCCUCGGUUUGUACCAUGCAUCUCUGACCCAUCCAUUGGCUUUGCGGAAGCCGAGCACGAUGAAGGUAUUGACGUUCCUGACUGUCGGAGGUCCAUCUCUGAGCCUCUGCCUCAGACCGAAGUCGUCAAAUGCAAGGAAAAAGGGAAGCAUACCCAGUGUCGAGCGUCUGAAUCUAUAGAAAGACUUUUGCAGCCAUCCACUUCAAGGAUCAGCUUGCGUGGGAAUAAAGAGGAACUUGAAUCUGCGGGUGAAGAAGCAAAAAUGCAGUACGAGGGAUCCUUGCAUUUUCAAAGGAAUCGCUUGGGGCCCUGUCUUCUCUGUGGUGUGCGUCCUAGGUCUGGGAAUAUCAUUCAUGGAAAGACGGGACACCUUGUAGCAUGCUAUGCAUGCGCUAAAAUGUUAUAUAAGCGUAAACUGCCUUGUCCUGUAUGUGUGCAACCAAUUAAUACAGUCAUUAAAACUUUUGUAGGGUAAACAACUUGCUUAGCUACUACUAAGCUACAUUGAACUGAAUGUGAAGCUUAACUCAGCUUCCUGAUGCAUCCAGUGGUUUCCAGCCUCCUUUGUUGCAACAUACUAAUAAAAUGAAUGAGAUCUGUACCUUCAGAGAAGCAGUAUACUCCAAUCAUUCUAGUGUAGUGUUUUGCCAUGAGUUAUUGCCCUGGAUUCUCAACAUUUGUUGUAAAACACACUGCAGGCAGAUAAAAACACAUUCAAUAGUUACUUUGAUUGAUGACUUAAUUAAAGGUGAGAUACCAUUGGAACUAAUGAGUCCACUGAAUUACUGAAACAAUAACUUUGUUUGCUGCUUGAGCCCAUGAUGUUUAACAUUGUUUUAGCCACCACUGCACCCAAAACACCAUAUACAUAAGAUGCCAGUGAAAGGAAGUAUCUUAGGGAUUUAUAUGAUGAGAUGCUUGCAAGGAUUAAUUCAGUGUCCAGUGGACCAUGAUACUUGCACAGUUUUUUGAACAUUGUAGCUCUGUGAACAGUGAGGAAACAGAAACCAGGUUACCACAGUUUUUCUUUUUUAAGUGUUGUGUUCUCUAAAAUGUGUGUGAAAUUACAAAAUUAGCCAGAGUGGUAGUUGGAUUUGUGCUUGUGAUAUUGGGUCAUGCUCCAUAAUUAUCUUCAUUGCAAGUUGGAGAAUUUGUAUGUUGAAGACAUGGGACAUUUUCUCUUGCUUGAGGUAAAGGGACAACAAUGUCUCAUCCUCUGUUUUUUGCUCCAUUAUGUGCACACAUCGAAUCGUUCAUUAACCAGCACCACCUAGAAUUUGGAAGUCAUAGCCUUCAUUGAAUUGUAAGAAACACUAAUGUAGCAAUCAAUAUUUAGCAGGUGACAGUAAGAUAGGUAUAAGAAUGAAAAGCUAUACAUAACCCAGUAUGUUUUGAGUGUUUUCGUGCAUACCUUCACCAGUAAUGGGCCUGUUUUUCAUUCCAGUGUGGCGAUGCUAGCAAUUAUUGUUCCAAAUGCAAUUCUGGUUUGGAAAGAUUUAAAAUUCCAUUCAUAUUUUGAACAUAUAAAAAAUAUUGUGAUUUGUGUCAGUUUACAUUUCAGUGAAAAUCUGAUGCUGAAGUUAAUAUCAACAGACGUGUAGUCAGUUCAGACAGUUUUAGCUUUGAUUUGAAACUUGAGUUAAAAUGGAGCUUUGCAAAGAAUUAUUUUCUCAAAAUUAUAAAGUCUGCUUUGCCAUUGUGCCUCUGACCCAGGUUGUGUAAUUCUCAGACUAUUUACUCACUCCACGGCUGUACUUAUGGGAGAAGUCUUGUAUUUAAAUAGUUGCAUUUAUCUGAAAUAAGUAUAACAGUUCAAAUUCAGUAAGAAAUUUACAACAAAGUUAAUAAAUAUGAUUUGAUUAUUUAUUA